CAGGUGUGCUUAACUGGAGCAGCACGUGACCCACAAUGGCGUCACUGGAGAGUGCCCAUUCUCCAUAAUAACUGAAAGACUUUUAAAAGAUUAGGAAAUAACAAUGAUUUACACAGCUGUGAAGCUGAACGUGGUCCUUGUGCUGCUCAUGGGACUCGAUUGCGGACACUGUGAUAAUGGCCUCUGCAGUCUGCAGCAUUGUACUAACAACGAUACAUGUACUGUCUCCAAAGACCAAAGGAGCUGCAAGUGUGUGCAGGGUUAUUAUGGCGACCGCUGUGACCAAAGUGCACAUAUUCAAGUCAACUGUGAAAGAGACUCCAUCAGUAUCAGAGCUUUAGAAAGUUACUUCACUUACCACAAAGUGCCCCUAGACUCUUUGCAUUUGCCCAACAAGUUAUGUCGUGCUCAGAAAGAGGUGAUCAAUGGUGUCACAUAUUAUACUGCAAAGGUAUUUAAAGACGAUUACCUAUUGUGCGGAGGCAAACCACUGGAGAAAAACAUUACUCAUAUUGCUUAUUCGUUAAGUUUGAUGUCAAACCCACGGAUUACUGGAAACAUUAUCAGAGAACCUGCCGUUAAACUUGACUACAAAUGUGUCUUUCCAUACAUCAGAACAGUCAGCCUGAAAUACCCCGUCAUCCCAUUUUUCAGUGAAAUUGUGGUGCGAGUGGACGAAGUUGAUGCCAAAAUCCAGAUGAUGCUAUAUACAGACCACUCUUACAGUAAAGCCUACGCCUAUGCCCCCACUUUUGAACUGGGCGAUAAGGUGUAUGUGGCAGUGACGGUGACUGAACCUGCGGAAUUCUUCCUCCUUCGAGUGAAUGAGUGUUGGGCCACACAGAGUCCCCAGCCAAACUCCACAGAUGGCUCUGUUCAUACACUCCUCCUGAACGGAUGUGUUGAAGAUGACACUGUUACUUUUCUUAAUGAGAGCAACUCAAACUUUGGGAAUGGUGCGAACUCCACUGUUCGCUACAGCUUUCAAAUGUUCCAGUUUGCUACAGAGCCCUAUGAUAUUUAUCUGCACUGUGCUGUUCAGCUUUGUGAACCAGAGGAUCGCAGGACCUGCAUACCAAAUUGCAACUCCAUAAGCAAAAGGGAAGCAGUCAUGGCUGAUUGGCCUCAUAGCCUGCUGUCGUAUGGCCCAAUCAAGCUGGAUGUGUCAGAAAAACCUCAGUCCAACAUACUAACAACAGUGGUGCUGCCUGUAGCUGGAGUUUGGAUUACUGGGUUUUUUCUUGUCAUUGUCAUCCUGGUGGCAAAGGCAGGCAAUCGGAGGGCAGCUCAAGCAUUCAACUGACAAUGACAACUGUCAAUAUGAAUAAAAGUAAAUAUGACAAAGAUGAAAA